AUGGAUGUGCAUGAUAUCAUCGAGGAGUUUUUGAAGAAGCUGAAUCUGACGAAGCUGGUGGCACAAGCGAGCAUAUUGGAUGAGCUGCCGCUUGAUGCGGCGGACUCUUCGGCACGGGCGGGGGCGACGGCGGAGGAGCGAGUGGUACGUGACGCGGCGCUGGGCGACGAACAUUACGCCGAGGCAGGCAGCUGUGAGAUGAGAGAAGCGGCGAGAGGAAUUCUGGGUUUGCUUCGUAGCGGCGGCGGAGUUGACGGAAUGAUUCGACUCGGCUUUGUCGUCCCGGGCGGCUGCCAGAUGAGAGGAGUUGGUGGCCGAUCUUUGGAGCCUUAUCCUGGCUAUUGUUCUUGUUGCUGCUGCGGCUAUUUGGACUGCUCCGUUGCGUUGCGCCUCAAGCAAGAUGGCGGCAUGUAG